UAGAGAGCCAGCAGCCCUGGGCCCCGCCGCUGCCGCCAUGGCCCCAGCCGCCACUUGCGUUCUGCUGCUCGCCCUGGCCGCCCUCCGUGCCUCGGGCCAGGCCCAGAUCCCACUGGUGCCCCCUGUUGCCGCAGGCGGAGACCUCGCCCCACAAAUGCUCCGCGAGCUGCAAGAGACCAACGCGGCGCUGCAGGACGUGCGGGAGCUGUUGCGGCAGCAGGUCAAGGAGAUCACGUUCCUGAAAAACACCGUGAUGGAGUGCGACGCGUGCGGGAUGCAGCCCGCGCGCACCCCCAGCCUGAGUGUUCGGCCCCUGCCCGAGUGCGCGCCCGGCUUCUGCUUCCCCGGCGUGACCUGCACCGAGACGCCGGGGGGCGCGAGCUGCGGGCCCUGCCCCGCGGGCUUCACCGGCAACGGCUCGCACUGCACCGACGUCAACGAGUGCAGCGCCCACCCCUGCUUCCCGCGCGUCCGCUGCACCAACACCAGCCCGGGCUUCCGCUGCGAGGCCUGCCCGCCCGGGUACAGCGGCCCCACCCACGAAGGCGUGGGGCUAGCUUUCGCCAAGGCCAACAAGCAGGUCUGCACGGACAUUAACGAAUGCGAGACCGGGCAGCACAACUGCGUGCCCAACUCCGUGUGCACCAACACCCGGGGCUCCUUCCAGUGCGGGGCCUGCCUGCCCGGCUUCGUGGGCGACCAAGCGUCCGGCUGCCGGCCGCGCGCGCAGCGCUCCUGCCCCGACGGGACGCCCAGCCCGUGCCACGAGAAGGCGGACUGCGUGCUGGAACGCGACGGCUCGCGCUCGUGCGUGUGCGCCGUCGGCUGGGCGGGCAAUGGGCUCGUGUGCGGCCGCGACACCGACCUGGACGGCUUCCCGGACGAGAAACUCCGGUGCCCGGAGCGCCAGUGCCGCAAGGACAACUGCGUGACGGUGCCCAACUCAGGGCAGGAAGACGCGGACAAAGACGGCAUCGGAGACGCCUGCGACCCGGACGCCGACGGCGACGGGGUCCCCAACGAGGGGGACAACUGCCCGCUGGUGCGGAACCCAGACCAGCGCAACGCGGACGGCGACAAGUGGGGCGACGCGUGCGACAACUGCAAGGGUCAGAAAAACGAUGACCAGAAGGACACCGACCGGGACGGCCGCGGGGACGCCUGUGACGACGACAUGGACGGCGACCGGAUCCGGAACUCCAACGACAACUGCCCCAAGGUCCCCAACUCCGACCAGAGGGACAGUGACGGGGACGGCGUAGGGGACGCCUGUGACAACUGCCCGCAGAAGAGCAACGCGGACCAGAGUGAUGUGGACCACGACUUCGUGGGAGACGCCUGUGACAGUGACCAGGACCAGGAUGGCGACGGACACCAGGACUCCCGGGACAACUGCCCCACGGUGCCCAACAGCGCUCAGCAGGACUCGGACCAUGACGGCCAGGGCGACGCCUGCGACGAGGACGACGACAACGACAGGGUCCCCGACGCCCGGGACAACUGCAGGCUGGUGCCCAACCCGGGCCAGGAGGACUCGGACAGGGACGGCGUGGGUGACGCGUGCCAGGACGACUUCGACGCCGACAAGGUGGUGGACAAGAUCGACGUGUGCCCGGAGAACGCCGAGGUCACCCUCACCGACUUCCGGGCCUUCCAGACGGUCGUGCUGGACCCUGAGGGCGACGCGCAGAUCGACCCCAACUGGGUGGUGCUCAAUCAGGGCAUGGAGAUCGUGCAGACCAUGAACAGCGACCCGGGCCUGGCUGUGGGGUACACGGCCUUCAACGGCGUGGACUUCGAGGGCACGUUCCACGUGAACACGGUCACGGACGACGACUACGCCGGCUUCAUCUUCGGCUACCAGGACAGCUCCAGCUUCUACGUGGUCAUGUGGAAGCAGAUGGAGCAGACCUACUGGCAGGCCAACCCCUUCAGGGCCGUGGCCGAGCCGGGCAUCCAGCUCAAGGCCGUGAAGUCCUCCACGGGGCCUGGGGAGCAGCUCCGGAAUGCGCUGUGGCACACGGGGGACACAGCGUCGCAGGUGCGACUGCUGUGGCAGGACCCCCGCAACGUGGGCUGGAAAGACAAGACGUCCUACCGCUGGUUCCUGCAGCACCGGCCCCAAGUGGGCUACAUCAGGGUGCGGUUCUACGAGGGUCCCGAGCUGGUGGCUGAUAGCAACGUGGUGUUGGACACGACCAUGCGGGGCGGCCGCCUGGGCGUCUUCUGCUUCUCACAGGAAAACAUCAUCUGGGCCAACCUGCGUUACCGCUGCAACGAUACCAUCCCCGAGGACUACGAGGCUCAGGCCCAGCGGCUGCAGCUGGCCUAGGGGGGAGCGCGCGGACCCCGCACUGCACGACGGCUGCCCUGGCCGGGGCCGGCCUGGGGCGGCAGAGAGCGAGGGACUCGGAGCGGACGAAAUAAAGCUGUGUGCGGGGCCAGCGCCUGGCUGUGGUCUCUGUG